AUGUCUCGCUUCGUGAACAGCCUCACCGUCGACGACCGCGACGACCGCGAUAUCCCACCGACCUGCAUCCAGAUCAUCGACGGAAACAACCCCGACAUCAACGCCGGGUUCGGUGGCAAGUUUGUCUACAUCGUCGUCGGCCACACCUCCAAGCCCGAGUUCGCCCUCACCGACAUCCAGAUCCUGGUCCAGGAGGACGAGAAUAAGGACUACCACGAUCUGGCCAAGGGGGCGGGCGGGGCCUACCGCUACAUCCACACCCUGCAGGGCACGGGCGCCCCCAUCGUUGACGUCAAGCUGCUGCGGUGGGCGGAGAAGGUCGAGCUGUCUACCGUCCAGGCGCUCGGGUAUAGCCAUAUGACAGGGGACAUCAAUGCGGGUCGCGGGGGGGAUUAUUUGCAUAUCAUCUGGAAGACGGCUUGA